CGCAGCCCACGCAUCCAGCCUGCCUUCUGCGACCUCAUCGGCACGGAGGGCAGCCGCCGCGAGACCAAGCAGGGCACCGUCGCUACCUACAAGUGCGUGCGGGCAAACAAGCAGACCGUCUCCCGGGCGCAGUUCCUCGCGAGCUCCCUGGGCCCCAAGAAAGCCAAGGCCCAACGGGCCACACAUGCCGCUGCCCAGCGGAAGUGCAACGCCGACUGGCGCUCUCGGAACCCCGAGCGCCUAGCCAAGCUCAAGCGGGAGAGCCGCCAGCGUCACCGCGACGCGAUCCUGGCCCGGGAGCGCAAGUACUACCAGAAGAACAAGACGCUCCUGCAACAGAAGGCGCGGAGGGCUCGCGCCAGCUGGACCCCUGAGCGGCGCGCCCAGGAGGCCAACAACCAGUUCGUCUACCGCGUCCUCGCGAAGCACCGGGAGUUUCCCACGCCGCACCUCGCGCUGACUUCGCUCGUCCUGGAGCCCCCCCGGGUCAACGUCGAGGGUCUCACGUCGCAGUUCAUGCUGAAUCGGGCCGUCCUGGAGCAUUGCCGGGUCGUCUCCAAGCAUGUUACGUUGCAGCUCACGCUGAUUUGUGUCGCCCUGGAGCCUUUCCGGGUCGUCGUAGAGAGUUUCACGCACCACAUCGUGCUGAAUCGUGUCGUCCUGGAGCAUUGCUGGGUCGUCCUCGAGCAUCGUACGUCGCAGUUCAUGCUGAAUCGGGCCGUCCUGGAGCAUUGCCGGGUCGUCUCCAAGCAAGUUACGUUGCAGCUCACGCUGAUUCGUGUCGUCCUGGAGCCUUUCCGGGUCGUCGUAGAGAGUUUCACGCACCACAUCGUGCUGAAUCGUGUCGUCCUGGAGCAUUGCCGGGUCGUCUUCGAGCAUCUCACGUCGCAGCUCAUGCUGAAUCGGGCCGUCCUGGAGCAUUGCCGGGUCGUCCCCAAGCAAGGUGCGAUGCAGCUCACGCUGAUUCGUGUCGUCCUGGAGCCUUUCUGGGUCGUCGUCGAGAGCUUCACGCACCACAUCGUGCUGAAUCGUGUCGUCCUGGAGCUUUGCCGGGUCGUCCUCGAGCAUCGUACGUCGCAGCUCAUGCUGAAUCGGGCCGUCCUGGAGCAUUGCCGGGUCGUCUCCAAGCAAGUUACGUUGCAGCUCACGCUGAUUUGUGUCGUCCUGGAGCCUUUCCGGGUCGUCGUAGAGAGUUUCACGCACCACAUCGUGCUGAAUCGUGUCGCCCUGGAGCAUUGCCGGGUCGUCUUCGAGCAUCUCACGUCGCAGCUCAUGCUGAAUCGGGCCGUCCUGGAGCAUUGCCGGGUCGUCUCCAAGCAAGGUGCGAUGCAGGUCACGCUGAUUCGUGUCGUCCUGGAGCGUUUCCGGCAUCGUGCGUCGCAGCUCCUGCUGAAUCGGGCCGUCCUGGAGCAUUGCCGGGUCGUCUCCAAGCAAGGUGCGAUGCAGCUCACGCUGAUUCGUGUCGUCCUGGAGCCUUUCCGGGUCGUCGUAGAGAGUUUCACGCACGAGAUCGUGCUGAAUCGUGUCGCCCUGGAGCCUUGCCGGGCCGUCUUCGAGCAUCUCACGUCGCAGUUCAUGCUGAAUCGGGCCGUCCUGGAGCAUUGCCGGGCCGUCCUCGAGCGCAUCGCGUUGCAGCUCACGCUGAAUCAGCUGGUCGCCCCGGAGUUCCGCCGGGCCAUUGUCGAGACUUUCGCGUUGCAGUUCAUUUUGGGUCACGUCGGCCGGGAGGUUUUCCAUGUCGUCGUCGACGUUUUCACGCAGGUCAGGGGCGCCCGUUACGUCCUCCCCUUCCUCCUCUUUUUCCCCCUCGUGCCGAAUCCCGUCGCAGCCGAGCACGGGGUCAUCGAGGGGCUCACGCUGAAGCACUUCUUCGUCAUGCUGGCGGCCCGGUUCUUCGACCAGGUUGCCGCCGAGGCUGUCAAGGUCGCUUCCAUCAACGUCACCAGCCUCACCCGGGCCAGGGCCGAGGCUAUUUUCAGGCACCCGCAGUUGGAGUCGGUCACGGUCAUGGCUUGGAGCGAGCUCCGGCUCGCCGUGCAGCGACCUCCUUGGCUCAUCAAGCUUGCGGCCCAGUUUGGCUGGGGCGUGGCGUGUUCUGACCCGCCGCCCACAGACGUACGAGGCAGCACGACCCAGGGCGGCACCGCCAUACUGUGGCGCCGCUCCGUGGGCAAGAUCACGGUAUACAGGAGCAGCAGCCUCGGCCACCGAGCCGUCGCCAUCCGCACAGCAAAUGCGGCUUACGUAUCUGGUUAUGGCCCUGCUCAAGGAGAUGCCGCCUGGCUCGUUCGAGCCAUGGGCUGGACGCAGGACCUCGCCGACACAGCAGUAUUAUUUGGCGAUCUGAAUUGGAAGCCCGGCUACUGUCGUGAGGUGUGUGCUGGUUGGCAGGCUGCUACGCCCUGCGGCCCCACCACCACGGCCGGAAGCACACCAUCGCGCCUGCUCGUCUGGGGAGGGGAUCCCGAGCAUGAGCCAUCCCAUUUGUCGAACACUUUCGUGGAGGGCAUCCCGUACCAUAGCCUGUCCAUCUUCACGCUCACGGCUGAAGAACAGCAUCGGCAGCUCUACCGGCUCCACCACACAGCCGAGUAUCAAGCCCACAAGUUGUCCUUCAUCACAGACUCCGAAAUCGAGGCCAUCAUGGAGUCGUGCGACCAGGUGACUCCGAAGCCGAUGGCCACCGAGCCCCUCGUGAACCGAUGGAGGGCUUGGCACGCCCGGGCAGAGCACGCCCUCAAGGAAGCCACCACGAAACAAUGGACGACAUGCUCGAGGAAACCCGAGCGAGAAAAGGGCAGCAUGCCCACCAGCCAGCCCACGGCAGCCCCACCGCCGCACCGGCUGGAGGAGACGGUCGCGCUCUGGCGUGCCCGCCGCCUGCACCGCAGCUUCAAUGAGCAGAUUUGCCACCACUUCAAGGGCAACGUGCUGCUCAACGACAAGCACCUCUCCAAGUUCGCCCAAGCUUGCAUGGAUGGCGUCGUGACGGCCCCGCCCGGGGGCAUCCCUACGUACCACCGUGCGCUGGACAGCCUCUCUGCGGCCAUCACCGCCGAGCAGCAGAAGAUAUCAAACUCCAAGGUGCGAUCGUGGGCCACCGUGUUCGCCAAGUGGAGCUCCGACGUCUACAACUACGCCACGCCGCGCUUCCGGGCGCCUGCUCCCGCCGCCGGCUUCGACGCGGCGGCCAUGCGGGACGAGCGGAAGCAACACUGGGACCCUCCCAACUACGACCCUGAGCCCCUGACAGCGCGCUGGUUGGAGUGGGCGGAGGGCGCGGAGUUCCCGCAGAGCGCCUUCGAGGAGCAGUGGCUCCCGUCAGAGGAGGAGUUCAUCCACUCCCUGAAGAAAGCCACGGGCGCCGCCGGUUUCGACGGAUGGAACUCCAAGGAGGUGAAGCUUCUGCUACAGAUCGCGCCGCCGAUCAUCACCGAGCUGUACUGCCUGUGGUGCCACACGUCCAUCUACGCCGCGCAGCACGCCGGCCGCGCGCCGCGCGACCUGGCCCUGCUGGUGUUCCCAUGGCGCGUGGUCGGCAUCCCUAAGAAAGACGAGAAUGAGUCGCGCCCCAUCGGCGUGGCAAGCGUGCUGCUCCGGAGCUGGCUCAGCGCCCUCGCGCUCGCCCUGCCAGAGGUGGCAGCCAACCAGUGGGCGUGCCGUCGCCGCACGUCCGUGGUCCACGCCGUCAGCCACUGGCUCUCGGAGGCCUGCACCGCGGGGCUCGAGAUGGAUCUCACUAAAGCGUACGAUAAUAUUGCGCACCGCAUCGCUGAAGAGGCGUUCAGAAAAGAGGCAGUCCCCGAGACGGUCAUCAUGACGUGCCGGCUGGCUGGGGCUGGCCCUCGCGUCUGCUGCGUCUCGGACGAGCUCUCAGAGGCCAUCUGGCCUACCAAGGUGUUCGUGGACCGCAAUGAUUCUGAUCAGAUUCUUCAAGUUACUGCCGGCAUUCGCCGCUACGACUGGUCUUUUUGGACGUCUUCACCCUCGGCAGCACGCGUCCUGCGUGCAGUGGCACGCGUACGUUGUCUUGAAAGCGUACACAGUACGAGGCUUGACGCCGCUGGAGUGGCCCGCGUCGACGUGGACGCCUCCAGCACAGCAGUCUGGGCCAAGUGGCACAGAUCGCUGUCGCACCGCGACAAGAAGUUCCUCGACAUCUUCCGGUCGGGGGCCACCAAGACGCCGACGCGGGGGGGCGAGGCAGCGCCGUGCCCAUGGUGCCGCCAGCCGCUCGCCAGCCUCCGGCACAUGUUCCAGGACUGCCCGCGCUUCGACACGGAGCGCGCAGCGAUCGCCAGAGAUCUACGCCUUCCUUCCUCCUUCUGGCGCACCCAGCCCCGGGCGACGGCCAAAUCCGGUUGGAUCACCUACGAUGCGGGGAGGACCCCGGAACGACGCGGAACCAUGCAGGUGGCAGCGUGCCGGCUUGGGCUGGCCAUCGUCGCCGCUACGUUCGACCUCAACGGCGGCUCCUCGUUCGACUAG